AUGUCUAGGAAUCCUGAAAAUCCUGAAACACCUCACGAAUCAGAAAAAGCCUCACAGCCCAAACCAUCUGGGAAUGAAGAAAGUACACAACCACAAUCGCCGGUAAAGACAUCACCUCUAGGAGAUUACUCCUUAGAAGAACUGGAGGAGGGGCUUAGUAUUAUAGGUCUUGGAAGGUAUAAUCUGAAGUAUGCAAUGUUCAUAGCCUUGCUCCUUGUGUCAUCUAUGAUUGAAGUGGUUGGGAACUCUGUUGUGUUACCUGCUGCACAAUGUGAUCUAGGCAUAUCUGAUGGUAUGCAAGGUAUAAUUGCAGCGAUUCCUUUUAUAGGUAUAGUAUUAACGGCUUACUUUCACGGCUAUUUAAUUGACACUAGAGGUCGGAAGAAAAUGGCGGUGAUGACCUCAUUGGCUGCCGGAUGCACUGGUUUUUUAACUGCAUUUAUGCCUAACCUAGCUUUGUUUGCGUUUUUUAAAUUUAUCACUGCGUUGUGGAUAGCAGUUCCAUCAACGCUACCUUACACAUUUAUCGCUGAGAUAAUACCAAAAGAGCACAGGGUUGUGCUAUUAACCGUUGUCAACGCUUUACAACUAAUGGGGUCAGCCAUCGAUCCGUUAAUAGCUUGGAUAAUCAUACCAAUGGAUUUUCAAAUAAACUUCGGUUUGUACAUGUUUCGACCUUGGCGGUUACUGAUUAUUAUUUAUGCAAUGUUUUUUAUACUGACCGCCUAUUUAUUAGCUUCUGGACCUGAGAGUCCAAAGUUUUUGCUCUCUCGUGGUAAACCAGAAGAAGCACUUAAAGUAUUGCGGACUAUGUACGCCCAUAACCAUAAUAAGGCGCCCGAAGACUUUCCAAUUAAAAGUCUACAUGCGCCACCUCUUACCGAACCUGUAAACAUGGUAGAAUGUUUGAAAAGACAGACAACACCUUUAUUAGAAGAGCAAUAUCUGAAAUAUAUACUUCUCAAUGGAUUUUUAUUAUUUGGUGUAUUUGUGAUAUUAAACGGUGUCUAUGUGUGGAUACUUGAAGCUUUGAAUAGAGUUCUAUCUUAUGACGAUAACGACCAAACAGCAUGUCAGAUAAUAAUGGAAUCUGUCGAGAAUGAUGAUCAAGACAAUACAUGUGAUGACAUGAUAGAUACUACAUCAAUCAUGAUGAAUUCUAUAGCACAAGUGGUCUGCGCAAUCAUAGGAAUAGGAAUUAGUUUUACAAUCAAGUGCAUUGGCAAAUCCUAUGUGCUGUUUUAUUGUUUCUUCAUCAUAGGGACAUGUUGCCUAAUCGUUAACUUUAUCUCAGAUUCUACGUUAUUCUUAAUAUUAACGUCGUUAUUUCCUUUAAUAACUUUAGCUAUUGGCCCUAUUAACUUAUAUUGUAUGGAAAUAUAUCCGGUGCAUAUGAGAGGUAUGGCAGUGUUGUUAUGCAUGAUGUUAGGUCGAAUGGGCUCAAUAAUCGGUAGCACUAUGACUGGCAUUAUGAUCAACAGGGCCUGUCAUGCUAUGUUUUACCUAUGUGCUAUUCUUCUAUAUGUCUGCGCAUCGCUGUCAUUGUUCUUGCCGGGAGCUCAGAUGAUGCAGAAUAUCAAAAAUCUGUCUAAGAGGCAAUAA